AUGGCUCGCACCAAGCAGACCGCCCGUAAGUCCACCGGUGGCAAGGCCCCCCGCAAGCAGCUGGCCACCAAGGCCGCUCGCAAGUCCGCCCCCGCGACGGGAGGAGUGAAGAAGCCUCACCGCUACAGGCCCGGAACCGUCGCCCUGCGCGAGAUCCGCAAGUACCAGAAGUCCACGGAGCUGCUGAUCCGCAAGCUGCCCUUCCAGCGCCUGGUCCGCGAGAUCGCCCAGGACUUCAAGACCGACCUGCGCUUCCAGUCCUCCGCCGUGCUGGCCCUGCAGGAGGCCGCCGAGGCCUACCUGGUCGGCCUGUUCGAGGACACCAACCUGGCUGCCAUCCACGCCAAGCGCGUGACCAUCCAGCCCAAGGACAUCCAGCUGGCCCGCCGCAUCCGUGGCGAGCGCGCUUGA